UUUAGCCUUUGCUGUGACACUCCUUACCAAAUUUCUCUGAAUACCAAGAAAUGCAGAAAGAACAGUGAUCCUGGCCUUGAAUUGCAAUGGUGUACAGGUUCUGAGCUUCUAAUACCUUAUCAGUAACUCGUGUACGGAUUGAAUCAGCUCUUCACGGUCUCUUGAGAGUAUGCCCGCCGUUGGAAGAACUGAUGCCCCUGCUAUUGGUUUGUCCAAUAAUUAUACUCUAGAAAGAGCCGGAUUUACACUGAAGAGGCUCAACUCAAAACUGGAAACAAGGCUUGUGUUGUAACUCUAAAAAACCAGAGCUCUAAAGUCACCUGUACUACAGGUCUUUGCUGUGACACUCCUUACCAUAUUUAUCUCACAAGUACCAAGAAAUGUGAAGAAAGAACAGUGAUACUUUGGUGUACAGGCCCUGAUCUGUUAAGACACAUACCCGCACACAUGAGCACACACAACAAGUAAAAUGGGACUAGCUUCACGCUGUCAGCGGAGUCUGUUUCGACUGGCAUCUCCACGACAACACACUCUCGUAAAGCUGUUACUCAUCGUUCUAUUGGUUACAAUAUGGCUAUUACAAUUCAAUAAGCUACAAAGUACUUCUGUAGGUGUCUUAGUUGCAGCCGAGCCUAAACCCAUAGCAGAAAAAUUGUCUGCGUCAAACGAAGUUAUCAAGUUUAAGAGAGAUUUUGAAACAAUUUUCAGCCCUUCUAUUCAACCAACCACGCAAUCGAUGAAUGUAUCUAUUAUUGAGAGGAGUAAAUAUGAGAUCAGAGUCGCAACAACUGAUUUUCCAGUGGAGCAAGAGAAAUCACGAAUACGCAUCAGUAAAAAUGGUGUUCUCAGUCCAAGGGCCAUCCGUAUAAGGCCAGCUAAGCCAGUGAUACAGGAGGGAAACUCUCUCCUCCUCACCUGUGCCGUGAUUGGCCCCCCCCGCUCUCUUUAUAGCAACAAUGCCCCUUACUUGAACUUUGAACUCCCAGAAAUGCCGUAUUCUCUAGAAAACGAAGUUCAAAUAACAUACAUAUCACGCAUGACUGUACUGAAGAUUUCUGAGGUGAAGAAGGGCCACGAGGGAGUGUACAAGUGUGUGUCUCAGAACCUUCACAACCAGAUCAAGUACAACACUGUUGAAGUCAAAGUGCAGGAAACAGAGAAAGAGUCUGAAGGUGUUAAUAUGGACAAUACCAAGUCCACGAGAAAACAUCAGACGUACCUUGAUAAGGACCCUCAAUGGAACAAAGAUAAGCUCUCAGCUCUAUUGGAACGGGGAACGAUGCAAGAGAAGAUAGUCGACCAGUUUUGCAAGCGUCACAACUUGUCCAAUCAAGCCCAUCUGCUACCCAAGGCUGAUAGUGUGGAUACCGAGUGCUUGUACAGACAUCUCCUCAUUAACGAUAAAACAGGAACUCUGUUCUGCUUUGUUCCCAAGGCUGGCUGUACUAAUCUCAAACUGCUCUUCUUUGUGGCCCAAGGAUUGAUUCCCCGCACUCAACUGCAAGCUUCCCGGGACAACGUCAACCAGGAACUGCUGGAGGGUGUACAAUUUGGUCACUCCUUCCUCUCUCGUAGCAACACUCAAAGGAACGUUUCCUUGAGGAAUUACUACAAGUUUAUGAUGUAUAGGAACCCACUGGAACGACUGCAUAGUGGCUAUCGUAGCAAAGUCGAGAGAUUUCCUCUUAUAGGGCUGGAAGAUGAUCAACCUCAUUAUAACUGGUUAAGAAAGGCUGUAUAUGCAAGCACACACCCUGCUAAGUAUGAGGAUUUCGUGCUUAACGAUGGAGUUUCGGCUGUGAAUAUUUCGUUUUCUGAUUUUAUCGAUUAUUGGUUGACUGAGCCUGAGAAUUUGAAGAUUGAUGAGCACUUCAGGUCCAUUUUCAGUAUAUGUCAGCCGUGCAUAACUCGCUUCAACUUUUAUGGUAACUUUAAGGAUUUUGACACGGAUUCACAGGUACUGAUAAAGAAGAUACACUCAACUCCCAAUUUCCUCCGCUCUGGUUACCAUAGCAAGGAGAGCUCAACUGGUACACUCACACAAAGUUACUACAAACAACUCAGCAGAGCUCAGAAAAUAAACAUUGUACGGUUGCUCAAAUUAGACUUGGAAUUUUAUUAUCAUUUGUUUCCCAGUGAAGAAGAGGCUAAUAAGACGAUUUUAGACGUUUAAGUUAUGCUCGUUUUAUAUGAGAAAUAUAUUUUUAUUGUUGCAUGA